AUGAAGUCGCAGACAGCAGCGGAUAUGGACGAUAAUGCCGCACGUGCGCUCAGGAGUGAGAGUAAGGCUUUCUUGGAUCUGGUGGACUCGUGUUCAAGAAAGCAGGACAUCGUCAACGAGCUGUCUGACGAGUUGGAAAGGGCCCAACGCGCCGAAAUGAAGACCAAGAAGUCCUUGGCCAGGCGCGUCGCGGAGAUAGAAAAUCUCAAGGAGGAGGUGCAAGAGUACACCGCGGAAAAUUGGGGACUUAAAGUGGAGUUGGAUAAAUUGAGGCACUCCCUCUCCACGAUGGGGACCAAGAUCCUGGUGGUCCCAGGGUCAGAUAGCCCCAUGAAGGCGGAUGCCCUCGCUAGACGGAUCGGUGAGGUGAUGGCGGAUCUCAUGGAGGUUGGCAGGCUGGAGAAAGUAGCCGACUUGCGGAUUACCGGACUGAACGAGUCCGUCACGACAAAGGAGCUGGUACAGGCGGUAGCGGAAAAGGGGGGCUGCCGCUGCCGGCCCUGUAAGGUGGUAUCGGGAGCCACGGGGUUCACCAAGGUGCGAUGCGCCGUAGACGUCGCAAAAAAGGGGGCGGAGGGCGACAAGCUGGACUGGAGCCUUGCUCGCGUGACGGUCCUGGGCCCCCCGCCUACGCACUGCUUUAAGUGUAUGGGCAGGGGCCACGUCGCCGACAGGUGCCCGUCAAGGGAGGACCGCAGUAGCUUCUGCUUCAGAACUGCGGCGACCUUUACGAAACCAUUAAGUACCAUUAUAGCCAAAGCUUUUACGACUCAUUCUCAAUGUAUUGUCGAGUAUUUAUUUGCAUAUGCCACAGCUUCAGUCAAAGUGAACGCGCAAUAUUUGGUUAAUGGUUAA